AUGAGUGGGAAAUCAGAGAUAAGUUAUACAAAUACUGGAACAGGUAAAACUACCAUCGAACAGGCAUUAAAAGAAGUUUUCUAUAUUCAUAGGAGUACUGUCAAAGAAUUUCAAGGUGAGAUUGGUGAAUGGAUAUCUAAAUGUGAAGACUAUGAAGAAGAAAAUAGGAUAUUAAAGGAAAAGUUAGAAAAGUAUGAGAAGGAAAAAGAGAAAUUAGAAGAAAAGUUGAAAAAUAAAACAGAUAGUAACUGUGUAAUGUGUGAACAUCUAAGAGAGUCUAUUAAAGUUGUUAAAGAUGCCUACAAUUUAUCAAUACAGGAAAAAGACAACAUGAUCCAAUUUCUGAAAGAACAGUUAUCUAAGAAAUGUGAAUAUGCUCUACCUUUAACAGAUCUAUCAAAUAAACCCUCAAACAAAGGACCUCAGUCAAAAACACCACAGAAAUCAUACUCCAACAACAAGUCGGAUAAAACUGACUCUCUAAAGAAAAAACACAGUCCUGAUUCCACGGUUAGCUCAGCCAAUAAAAAAACAGAUAAAACUAACAAACAACUGAAAUUUAACCAAUCAGAUGAAGAGAGUGAUGAACAAAUCAACAAAUCUGGAGAUAAACUUAGAUUAGCUCGGAAAAAUAAACGAUCUAGAUAUAAAGAGAUCUGUCAGUUAGAGGAAGAUGACGAAGAAGAGGGGCCCAUGGUUGUACCCGAAACAUUAGGAAUGGAGAUUUAUACUUCUAGCGAGGAGGAAUCCAAUUCUGAAGAUGAAGUAACACAGAAGGCCAAGCUAUCACCUAUGCAAAAAUGUGAUGCUACUAAGAAAAUCAACACCACUCCAACGAAGAAAAGCUCAAAAUCAUCUGUUACCAAUCAAACAGAAAACACCAGUUCCCUACCCAAGAAAGCUUCCUCUGCUCAGCAAAGCAGGUCUAAAUCAAAAUCUGAAACCAUUAAUCAAUCCUUAAGUAAAUCAACCACUUUGAAUUCAUCCAGAAAUUAUGCAGAUCAUACAACUGAUAUACUAAAUAGUCCUGAUUCGGACAUGAGUGAAGAUGAAGUUUGUGGACUUCAACCAACAGUUGAAACAGAUUGUAUAGAAAAUAUAGAUGAUGAACUUGGUGAUUCAGGGUAUACCAGCAGACUAGAGAAAUCAAGAUAUGGAUCUCAACAGAAUGAAUCACAAUCUAAAAAUAAACUGUCUAAGACCAAGUUCAAAAAGGAUUCUCAAGAAUUCAAAAGAUGUUCAGAAAAAGGAAAAAAAUCCAUUCCAAGCAAAAAGUUUUGUGAUAAAAACAUGCAAUAUGAAUCAAUUUCCCCAGAACAAGAGCAGGAUCACCAACCACUGAAGUUAGAUGUGGAUAAGGCAAAGAAUUCAAGAAGCUCUUCAAGUUCUCCCGUAUUCACAAAGCCAUCUGAUAAAUCAACAUUCAAUACAUCUGUUAUAGAAGACUGCGAAGAACCAACUUCUCCAUUACUGCUUCAAUCUGAGAAGUCUCUUGAUGAAGCACCAAAAAGAUCUCUUAGGACUAAAAAGGCAACCACUGGUGACAAACAAUUGACCACUUCAAAGAAGUCAUCUCAAAAAACAGACAGCACUAGCAAGUCUAAAAAGAAGGCUUCACCUAAAGAUAUGCCUAUUGAUUUGACAGAAAACAGUAAUCUUAAGCAAACCACUCUCAGUCAAGUCUUCACCAGUAGUCCAAAACAAUCUGCACCACCUUUUGAAACUGAUGAGGAACGAGAAAGUAUGCAGGAGGCCAUUAAGCAGUCGUUGUUGGAAUUCCAGAACACUUCUCAAGAAUAUAAGAAGAGAAGAGAGUUGUCCAAUACAACAUCUGGAGACAUUUUCAAGAAACCACUUUCUCCUAAAACAACACCAAGAAAGAGACAACCAAGUGGAAAGAGAAGUCCAAUGGCAUCACCAGAUAAAUAUUUCUCUUCACCACAAAAAGCCAACACUUCUUUUGACCCCGAUGACACGGUUGGCCCAUCUCCAAGUUCUAUGGAUAGUUUACCCCUCAUUCCACUUCGAAGAUCUCCCAGAAAAUCUGUUUCCAGAAACUCAUUGUCUGCAAGCAAAAAAAUAAGCUGUAACCAAUCAUUAGAUGAUAUGGAUGAAACAAUGGCACCAUCCCCUAGUGUGUUGGAUUCUAUGGAUAAGCAGAUGUCAGGAGAUGAAUCAGAAAGACCAUUAAACAGAAGUAUAGCUCCUGAUGUUCCAUUGACUCAAUAUUGUGAAGACAGUGAGAGUUGUGAUCCUUAUAAGGCUUCACCAGAGUUGAAGAAGACCAACUCUCAAACCAAAGCAGAGGGAAGAAAAACCAGACGCACUAUAGAUAUGGCAGCUACUGAAGAAUCUCAAAUUUUACCAUCUAGUUCUAAAAGUUAUAAAUUUGGUACCAGAAGAGGCAGAAAAGUUAGCAUCGAUACUCAAGAUGAUUUACUGGAAGAGCAAGAAAGAACAUUAAAAGAUCCAGUUGAAGAUGUAGAAGAACAAAUGGAUGAUAAUCUAGCUGUACAACAUACAUCUUUUGAUUCUAGUUUUGAUAAAGUACCAAGUAAGAAAGGACCAGAAUUUGCUCAUGUUAGAGUUGUUAAAAAACAAGAUGAAAGAAGAAAAUUAAAAGGUCACAGUUGUAAAGAAUGUUAUGAGUAUUAUAAAUUAACUGGUAUGUCAGAUGAAGAAAUACAGAAUCGUAUACAAGAUUGUUCACGACACAGAGCAGACUAUAUACCACCAUCAACACCCGAACAUUUCUGGUCUAUUGGAUUUCCUGAUACACAAGAAUGUCAAGAAAGAGGCUAUGCUCAGGUAGAAAGAAAUACUAAACCAUCAAGCUACAGACGUAAACGUCAACUACAGAAGAAGUUUAAAUCUAAAGAUGAAAAAACUACUGGAAAGAGGGAUGACAAUGACAAUGGUGGAGAUGAUGAUUUACUUUUCAGCUGA